AUGGACGGACCGCUCCCGCGCAAACCUAUCGGCCGAAAGCCGGUCGGGGAGUUUGCGCCACCGCCGUCCUCGACACAGUCUCCCUACUCUCCCACUCCGGACCCGACCAGCCAGUUCCAAGCACAUAUGGCCCAGUAUGGCGUACAGUACCCAGUGACUGCGGGAACACCACAGCAGCAGAUCGCAGAGACAAUGGCACAGUACGGUGUGAACGUGCCUCCUUCUAAUGCGACGUCCCAACAGCAGCUGUCGGCCAUCAUGGCGCAGUACGGUGUCACAAUUCCCACGACGAAUUCGGCAACACAAGACUUCACAACGACAAUGGUGCAAUACGGUGUCAAGAUCCCGCCGACGAACGGCGCGGCAGACCCGACGCAGCAGGUCGCCGCGGCGCUGGGCCAGUAUCACGCUGCUCUCGCUGCUUCUACCGCAUCGGCAACCCAGCCCUUCUCUGUGGAUCAGCUUGUGCCCAAGAUGAACGCCGCACAUAUCCAAACGCCCUACCAACCGAUACCAGGCUCUGCGCCACAGCCGUCACCAUCGCCGUCCCAGCAAACCGGAUCAACAUCAUUCCCUGCAGCGGUCCCGAACCAGCAGAGCCCGGCUUCUCAGCAAAGGCAAUCCAUCUAUCAAGUUAGUCCCAGCCCCAGCGUCCAAACGCCCGUCCAGAUGAGACCAAAUCCUGCUCCUGUACCCCAGCCGUUGACCGGAUACCCUCCGGCGACGCAAUUUUCCCCUCCUCCCGUCCCUACAGCAAGCCGCCCUGGGGUUUCGCGCGUAGCUUCCCAGUCCUCCGUCGACAGCUCCUCCACCAUGUCGCAAUUCGUCCCGACACCGAACGGCUUCCAGUCACCGAGCGAUGCCUACAGCCGCCGGACGAGCGUGGCGAGUAGCAUCGGCAUCGCCACCCCGGCGACGACCAUCAGCAACUCGGAACCCUUCCAGCAGCCCAGUGGUCCAGCGAGCAGCACCGGAAAGACCUGCGCGUCUUGCAAGAAGGCCAUCGCUCAAAACGUCUCCAUCUACGACUGCCUCGUCUGCAGCACCGCGCAGGUCGCAACCUACAUCUGCGUCUGGUGCCUCACCGCCGGUGCCGCGGCCCGGAACCACCCGCACGACGCCUCGUACAUGGCCACGGAGUCGGACCCGCGCGUCCGCGACCCCGGGCCGGGUUCUCUACCGCCGGACCAGUGGACGGUGCGCAAGAACGCCUCGUCGCGCCUGUGGUACACGCACAACCCGACGGGCCUCAAGACGCACCUGCGGCCCUUUGCCGAGGACGUCGAGGCCACCACGGACCUGCUGCCGGACGGGUGGCAGGAGGUCCGCACCGCGGCGGAGGGGAAGGUGUUCUACUUCCACGCCGCCACGAACAGCUCGACGUGGACGCGGCCCCGGAGGCGGCUCCCCGCCGGCUGGAGGAUGAUCAAGACGCCCGACGGCGCGCCCUUUUACUUGCACGACGCGCUGCGCCUGUCGUCUUGGGACCGGCCCGGCGAGCAGCCGAAGGUGGUGCGCCGGGCCGGGAAGCCUGCGAGCACGGGCGGACCGACGACGCAGCGGCAGAGCAUCGCGGGCGUCCCCGGGAGCAGCCACGCGCUCGUUCAGCAGUCCAGCGCUGCGUCCAAGACCGCGACGGCCGUGAGCAUCGCCAACAACGUCGCCCGCCUCUCGGCCGCGACGGACGGCUCGGCGCAGGGCAUCCUGACCGCCACCGCGGCCGCCGCCCGGCUGACGGGCCUCGGCGUCAAGGUGGCGGGCAAAAAGCUCGGCAAGCUCGGCAAGGGCAAGCGCAUGUCGACCCUGGCCACGGGCGCGAGCCUGCUGGGCACCGCCGCCGUCGUGGCCAACGUCGCCACCGGCGGAGACGACUACGGUGGGGGAAUGGACGACACCGGGUUCGUCGUCGAGGAGGAGGUUGUCGUCGACCAGACCGGUACCGAAACGCAGUACGUGCAGGAGACGACGAUCACGGUCGACACCAGCUACCCGGACUACAGCGCGGGCGGCGUGGACAUGUGCUCCUUCAACGACAUGGCGGCCAUGCAGCAGCAGCAACAAGACGCUUUUGUCCCUCCGCUAGCACAGAUGAACGCGGAGCAGCAGACCGCUUGGUUUGCCGAGCAGGCUGGCCUGAGCCAGCAGAUGGAAGCCCCGGCCAUGUCGGGCAUGCCGCCGACGCAGCAGGACGCCUUCGUGCCUCCGCUGGCGCAGAUGAAUGCGGACCAGCAGACGGCGUGGUUCGCCGAGCAGAUCGGGCUCUCGCAGCAGAUGGAGGCGCCUGCAAUGGCGGGGAUGCCGCCCGCGGAGACGUACAGUGUGCCGUACGAACAACCCGCCUUCACCCAGCAGCAGCCUUCGUUUUCCUACGCGCAACCGGAGUACAGCUACACACCUGGUGUCGCCGAACAACAGACUUACACCGCUCAAGUAACAGUCACAGAGCAGGUUCAGCAGCAGCCAGUGGUAGGCGAAAACUUCAGCAUGGCGGUCAAUCAGGCAGUGUUCACCGACCAAGGUGCGACGGCCAACUAUGCCGAUCCCAGCGCCUACCAACAGAAUGCGUACGCAGAGGUGAACCAGAACCAGUACAAUCAAACACUCCAGCAACAGUCUCUCAUCAACCAAAUCGUGGACCUCGCCACGUCGACGCCGGACGACAAUUCCGCACCCAUGUCGCAAUCUCAGCCAGCGCAGCAAGCUGGUGGCCCGCCGCCGCAGCAACAACAACAGCAGCAGCAGCAGCAGCAGCAGCAGCAGCAGCAACAGUUCGCUCCGCAAGCCUACACGCAGCCUCCCGCUAUUGCUGACCCAUCGCCCCAGCACACCCAGCCCAUGAGCUUCUCGCCGCUGCACGAUAUGCCGCCAGGACACAGCCCCGGUCCUGUGUCUCAUCCGCCCGCGAUGACGGUGCAGAACCCGCCAAUCUUCGAGCAGAUGUCAUCGGGAAUGGCCUCCGCCACGCCGACCACCUCGCUGCCAGCGCCUGCCAUGGGUCAGACGCAGCCAAUGCACUCGCCGCCGGCUACUUGCUCACCUCCACCUACGGCAGGGCAGACACAUGCCGCUCAGCCGCCACUGGCAGCCACUUCUUCGCCAGCACCGACCACAGGCGGGCAGGUCCAGCAGCAGGAGGUUCAAACAGCCCACAGCACGCCGGCAUCUCACCCUGCGGCGCCAGCAGCCACGCAAACAUGCAGCGCUGCACCCAACCCAGAUACCACCGUGGGGUCCCACAUGCCUCACAAUGCACAUCACGGCAAGUGA